AUGUGUGCAAGAAUCAUGCGACGAUGGAUGGGUCAACUUCCUCAUCGUUUUUGCCUAACCAAAUUUUCAUCGAACCGUCCGUUCAUACAAAAUUAUUAUUGUGCAUUACAAACACGAGAAGUGCACAAUCACAAUAGACAUGUAUUUGCUUUGCAUUAUCAAGAAUUGAAAGAGUUAAUUUCGGGCUCGGAGCCAGAUGAAGUUAUUGGUAUCACAGACAUGGCUUUACUCAAGAGAAUGACUUCUAUCUUGCGGUUCAAAUCUGGAGAUCAAUUCGUAUUGUUUGAUUUACAUUCAACUUUUCAAUUAUUUCAAGUGGUUCAUGUCGACAAGAGAAUGAUAACAGCAAAGAAAUUACCGAAAGAUAAAGAUGAAGAAUUAACGACGCUUUUAAAUCAAAGAAAGAAAUUUACAAUUAGCGCUUCUAUUUGCAUGACCAAGACAAAAGAAACUUUUGAAGAAAUGAUUUAUCAAUGUAGCUCAAUGGGAGUUAAUCAUAUUAUUCCAAUCAUUACAGAAGAAAAAAAGCAACAACAACAUGCCGAAUAUUUUGAAAAUAAGAAAGAACGUCUCAACAAUAUUAUGAUCUCAGCCAUUGAGCAAUCGAAACAAUUCUAUGGGACUCCUUCCAUCGAAUCACCAAUUUCAUUACCUGACUAUGUGUCCAAACUUUCAAAUAAUAAUGACAAUAUGGAAAGAAGAAUAUUCUUGGAUGUGGAUGGAGAUCUUUCAUGGAUGAAUUUGUUAAGGGAAAUUGAACAUCACAAAGAGCAACCAAGCACUAUGAGCAUUAAUGUUUUAGUUGGUCCUGAACGAGAUUUAUUUGACCACGAGAGGCAACAUUUGAAACAAAUGGGAUUUGUACCAACAUCUCUCUCUAAGAAAAUUGUGUACAAAAGCGAAACAGCAUUUACUGUAGCAAUGGGAAGUAUUAUGAGCGUAAUCUGGAACAAGUAG